AUGGUCUUCCCUGGCCCACCCACACUCCUGAAGCUGGUUUCACAUGUACUGGUGAGGGAUGAAGGAUUGAACAUCUCUGCUCUGGAGGACCUACCAAGUCCAUUAUUCCUAACUCUGUUCAAGGAGGCCAACACUCAAAGGAAAGCAAAGAUGAUUAAGAUCCUGGUGGAAUACUGGCCCUAUCCUUGCCUUCAUGUUGGGUUACUGAUUAAUAAACCCAACUUUCAGACCUUCCAGGCUAUACUAGAUGGAGUAGACACAUGGCUGAAACGGAAGUAUCGCACCAGGAUGUGCAGGCUUCAAGUGGUUCACUUGAAUGAAUACCAUGCUUCCUCGGCUAUGCAGGAUGGAAGAGAGGGCAGAGACUACUUAGGAGAAACUAUGCUUAACAAGCAAGUAGACCUGUCUCGAAAAACAAAACAAAACCAACAAACAAAAAAGAAGCAAGUAGAGGCAGGCCAAUCAAGAUGCACAACAAAGCGUUUAAGGCUGUUCCAUGACCUUUCCUUUAUGUCUUCUCUGCAUGAAGAUAGACACCAAACACAGUUGUUGCAGUGGGUAAAGGGGAGAAAGGAUUUCUUGCAUCUCUGCUGUGAGAAGUUGGGGAUUGGAGCAAUAGAAUGGCCCAAGGUCAGGGAUGUAUUACAAUUAUUACAGCCAGACUCCAUCAAGGAGUUGGAACUGAAUACCGUGGGGAAUCUGUCCAAACUGGCAAAAUUUGUACCUCACAUUAGCAAGAUGAGAACUCUUCAGAAACUCAUGCUAAGACGCAUCUUUGGAACAAGGACUUACACACAAGAGGAGAAGAGGAAUGUCACCAAGAUCAUUUCUCUGUUCCCUAAACUCAGCUCUCUCCAGCAUCUCACUAUUGAUGAUGUCUAUUUUCUCACAGACAACAUGAAAGAGUUGUUCAGUUGCCUGAAGACCCCUUUGGAGACCUUGUCCAUUGCGGACUGCCCUGGGCUCAUACAGUCAGACUUUGAGUACCUGCCCCAUUGUCUGAAUAUUCGUAAGCUCAAACAUCUGAACCUGAAUGGUCUCUUCCUAUCUGAUAUAGGCUAUGAGCUUCUGGGGCUCAUCCUAGAGAAAGUCACGAGUACCCUGCAAAUUCUGGAACUGGAGGAGUGUGAAAUGACAGACUCUCAUUUCGAACCCCUCUUACCUGUCCUGAGUCAAUGCUCCCAGCUCCUCAAAGUCAACUUCUAUCAUAAUGAUAUCUCUCUGCCUGUCCUGAAGAACCUUCUUUGUCACACAGCCAAGCUGAGUCAGCUCACAGAGGAGCUGUACCCCGCCCCUCUGGAAUGCUAUGAGGGUUCCAAGAUCCUUAAACAUAGAUUUAAGCAACUUUGUCCAGAGCUUCUAGAAAUACUUAGGGCCCAAAAGCAACCCAAGAAAGUCUCCAUUUCCACACGAAACUGCUGGGUCUGUUUUCAUUCCUGUCAAUAUUAUUAUAACCUAGAGGCCACAGAUUGGCUUUUUCAGUGCAUUUGUAAGUAG